AUGGCCGACAAGACGGGGUUGGGUGCUCUCAAAGGAGCUCCGCUAGUGGCAGCCAUUACAUCAGUAUGUGCCUCGUCAUUUUUGCUCUUUGGAUACGACCAAGGUGUCAUGUCUGGGGUUGUAAUCUCCGAGUAUUGGCUCGAGGCCAUGGGACACCCGAGUACUGUUAUGACGGGUACUAUCACAGCUCUUUAUGAUAUUGGCGCAGUAUUUGGAGCCAUUGGUGCUGCAUUGACAAUUGAAAGGCUUGGGCGAAAGGGAGGACUACUCAUCGGGGCUGGUUUUAUUGUCAUCGGUGCUAUGUUGAUGGGUUGUUGUGUGGAGAGGAUUCAGAUGAUCGUUGGUAGGAUCGUGACUGGCUUAGCUUUCUGGAAUUUCGCUGAUAAUAUAGGAAUCAACAUUGUGACGUACUACGCUCCCACUCUGCUCAAAAGCUCUCUAGGCAUGGCACAGGAGCGCGCACUUUUUGUCAGCUGUUUCCUUCAGGUGUGGUAUAUCAUAGCUUCAUUUUUGACGUGGUAUAUGAUCGACGCUGUUGGUCGUCGCCGGCUGUACAUUACCAUGUCACUUGGGAUGUGUGUUGUAUUGGUCUGUGAGGCUGUGGCUGUAGCUAUUGAUAAUCAACAGUCUGCUAUUGCUGCCGUCUUUUUCAUUUCUGCCUUUGAAGCUUGCUUUACUUGGGGCUGGAUGGCUACAGUAUGGGUCUACCCAGCAGAAAUUCUCCCUCUGAAGAUCCACUCAAAGGGAGCUGCACUUGCCGCUGCAGCAGACUUCCUUGGAAACUUCCUUGUUGUCGAAAUUACACCGCCUGCUCUAGAAAUUAUCGGUUAUAAAACAUACAUCAUCUUUGCGGUCUUUAAUCUCGUCACUGCAAUUAUCGUUUGGUGUUUCUACCCAGAGACUUCAUACCUCAAUUUGGAAUCAGUCGACCUACUAUUCCUCCCAGACGAGGAUCGCGACCAGGAAAUUGUUUCAAAGCAAACAUUCCUUCAAAAAAGUCUCCAGUGGAGUGUUGUUCCCAGGGCACGAAUGGCUGUCAACGAAGCAAAGGCUAGACAAAAAGCGGGCCGUGAUCUCAUCGCAAGUGAGAUUUUAGCCGAUCAUGUUACCGACGGAUUGAAGAAAGAAUUGGCAUCGGAUCAUGUUGAACGCAGGGAUUGA